AAGCACACCAUUAUCAUGGAAAUAAGAAGAAUAAAGAACGUAACUAUACAGUACCAGAUUUUGCGGACGCAGUUACACGGGACGAGAACGGUCCAACUCCACCGCUUGGACCGUGUUUGUCGAGCCGAGGUAGCUGCUCUGAAAAUAAUCCAUCUCAUUCUCAUAAACAUUUUAUUUUCCUCGUGUGCAGCUUUGCAUUUUGAAAACGAUUGUCCUACCAGCCCUGGUGGUGUCUGUGGGGAUUCUGCAGUGCCCCACCACCAAGAGAGACCACUGUGCACAAAGAGUGACGAGGUGAGGCUAGCAGAGGAGGCCAGCAACAAGUAUGGCUCCCCAGCUCCAACCAUCUUCUCUAAAGUGAUCGACAAAAGCAUCCCUGCAGAUAUCAUUUAUGAAGAUGAGAAGUGUUUGGCAUUCAGGGAUAUCAGCCCAAAGGCACCUGUUCACUUCCUUGUUAUACCAAGGGUCCCUAUUCCCAGAAUAAGUGAGGCCAAAGAUGAUGAUGCUGAGCUCUUAGGACAUUUGUUGAUUGUUGCCAAAACCGUGGCGAAGCAAGAAUCUCUAACUGAAGGCUACAGAGUUGUGAUCAACGAUGGAAAGCACGGUGCUCAGUCAGUUUACCACCUUCACCUCCACGUCCUGGGAGGAAGACAGUUGGCGUGGCCACCAGGAUAAUGGCGACAUGUAUGACUUGAUAUAUGAUGGGUGUAGGUCAUAUUCUCUUCCCAUCCUUCUGUACAAAAAGUAAAUUCAGCACAAAUAAUUGUUUAAUGGACUAAUUCAAAAGUGAAUACAUGAUAAUAUGGCUGCAAAUAAAGACAUUAUUAAUGUGGAAUGGCAAAAGGUCAAUUUGGUUAUUUUAUCUUUCAGUCGGUGGAAAAACAACAAAUUGUCAGCAGAUUAUACUACCACUACCAGUUACAGGUGUAAUCUUAACAGCAAUAUUAUCAGGUCUUUUUUAUCAGUGGAACACAUUUCACUUCUUGCUAGAUUUAUCCCUGUCUCUGGUCAGACAACAUACAUUCAAGUGGCCAUAGACAUCAUUUUGCUUAUGAAUUGGAUAUUGAUUGCCCAAGUGAAUGGCUGUAGAAUGGCGUUUACAUUAGUUCCCUGUAAAUCUUGCGUUUAGGGUGCGAUUUGUCACAAUAAAAGCUUCAGACAUA